UUCAUAGACACAUAACACACUCAUUCAUUUGACACCGUAACCUCUCUUCCAAUCCUACACAAUCUUCCUCCUCUUUAUAACAUCAACAACUCUUCCACAUACCCUUUAUCAUACUCUCAUUGUUAGGAUCAUCCAACUCCAAAAAAAUUUAGUCUUUUUUUUUUGUUUGGAGAAAUUAAGGUAACAAAAUAAACAUAACAUCCUAGUACUAUCAAUCAUCUACCAUUCACCAUGAUCAAAACCUUAAAUCCAUACCCAAAUCCAGCAAAAACAGCUGAAAUCAUGUCAAGGUAUAGACCAAUAGCACCAAAGCCAGAAACAUGUUCAAGUAACAAUUCAACAAGUGAUGGAUCUUCUUCAUCAAACUCACUUUCUCAAAAAAUCAAACAAUCUCCUUAUCUUAGGAAUCUAUGGCCACAAUUACAAGCUAGACCCACAAGAACAAGAAAGAGAGGUAGAGCUCCUAUGUCACUACCCUCUUCUUUGAAGAGACAUAAAACACAUGUCAUAGGUUUUUGUCAACCUUUGCAUGUAACAUCUCCAAUAAAAAACCUUUCUUUACAAGGUAAUUUUGUUCCUCCUCCUUCACUUCCUCAACUCCCUCUUCCAAAUCAUGGAAUUGGAGUUCUUAAUUGCAAUAAUUUGGAGAAAAAUGCAAAUAAUCCUAAUUUGGUAACACUCCCUCUUCUUCCUUGUUCUCCUAAUUCAUCUCAUGAUAACAAUAAUGCACCAAAAUUUGAACUUGAGGUGAUAGAUUUGAACAAUACUAAAGUGGAAAUUCCACAAGAGAGGGAUCUUUUACAACAACUACAAAAACCAGCUUCUAGUACUACCAACAAUGUCAUCAAUGUAUUUGCGCCGCAACCGAUUCGACCGAUUGGUUCAUGCAUAAGUGUUGGUUGCAUCAAUGAAGUUUCAAUUAUGACACAAACACAACAAAAGCCUAAAAAACCAGAGGAAUUAGAACAAGAGGUUGAGUCAGAGGAAUUGCCAGCUGUCAUUUCAGAUUCAAACAACAGAGUUAGGAUGGUGAAUUCAGCAUACAAAGAAAUGGUGGGUCAACCAGAAUGUCCAUGGCUUGAAGUUCAAUGUGGUUCAUCAUCAUCAUCAUCAUGCAAAAGGAUUAGUGGUGAGGUAAAUCUGCAUUUGUCUGAUUCUUCUUCAAAUAUACCAAUUUCUUCAAAUGGGUUUUCUUGUUGGGUGAAGAUUGAAUGGGAAAAUCAUGAUCACAAGAAAAAUUGUGUGAAUGCUUUUUGUGAUGUUGUGAAGUUAUGUUGUGAUCAAUCAAGGGACUAUGCUUUCACAUGGAGAUUCCAUACUCGUACAAGGGAAGCUUCCCAAUCUAGUUGCAAUGCUUGAAAAUUGAGACUUGCACAUAGUUCUUGUUUGAGUGUACUCUAUAGUAGUAUAGUAUAAGUUAUUAAUUUCUUGUCUUUUAACUAGCUAUAGAUAUACUAUAUGUGUGUAUAUAUGGUAAUAGUAUAUAGUAUUAGGAUGAAGUAUAGUAUAGUUUUUUAAUUUUUUAAUUAAGUUUCUUUCUUUUAUUAAGAUGUGUACAAGACCUUGUGUGCCAAAAAAAUAUAUAUGUAUGAAGGAGAAGCUAUUUACUACUAUAGAAUCUAGAUUUAGAUAAAAAAAUUUAAUAGUCCUUUUGGUUCCGAUAAUUCAGACUUCAGCUAUAAGGAAAUAAAAUUUAAUCAAAAAUUA